UCGGCGGCCGAUUUUUCUCGCUUUUGCAAUGUUUUUGCAGGCUUAGUAGCGCUCUGUACCAUUGGGUCCAUCAACGUUUCAACACUAGCAGUCAGUGCCAGUCGCGGAUGACUGCACUGGAUAGUUAUGCUUGCAGGGUCCAAGCUGGGCCUAGGAUGUUUUGUGUGGAGUCUGCCUCGUCCAGCGCAACGACGCUGCCUCACAUCAUGCAAGUUCACCCGGUGCGUGCAAACAUCCGCGAGGGAGGUAAUCCGACGGGCGAAGGGCAAGGGGGCUGUAGCCGUGCACGACGAACGCUAUCUUGUGGACGGGGCCGAGAUAACGGGCACUGGCCACACGGCUCCACCGACAUGGAUGUACAAGUCGAACAAAUUCACUUCCAAGACUCGUACAGCGGCUGCAAAGCGCCGUCUUGGGGACGAAAACGCCGAAUAUCGUUGCGCUGGCGGUGUUUCGCACUCGUAUACCCACCGUGGUCGCCAAAAGCUCCCGGUCCCAACCCAAAGUCCACAAGGGUAUCAAGCAGCCCCGAGAGACAAGCGACUCGAACAACGACUCCAUGUCUUGCUCACUGCGCCAACCAUUCCCAACGCGUGGACAGCCUACCAAUAUCUCAUAACCAACUAUCCAUACAAUCCCCUCCAGAAGCCCGUCAUACCAUAUGGUCACCUCCAUCGCCUAGCUGCACGCCUCGCGUCUGUCAAGCCUCGAACACGCACCCUGUACCUUCAGUUGUCAUCUGUCCUUGCAACCCUCCACAGGACAGGCGGUCGCAUUUUCGUAUGGGAAUGGAACGCGUUGAUCGAUUGUGCGGGAAAGCAGUGGAGGAAAACGAGCAUUGCAGACUACAGAACUGCAUUAGAUAUUUUCAAUGACAUGAAGACGCUACCAUGUCUGCCAGAACACUCAGCCUCCGAUGAUCCCUUCUCCAACAGCUCUCCUUCACAGCCUUCAUUCCCCACUGCGUCUUGGUCUCCAGUAAAGCCGGAUAUUACGACUUAUACCACUCUAUUGUCUAUUGCCGCUCGCUCCAAACAGGACGUUGCCGUCCGCCAUGCCUCAAAACUGUUGCGAAUGUCGGACUUCUCGCCCACCCGAUUUACCUACUUAACCCUGCUUAGUUUCUACGCCCGUACCAACCAGUUGUCCGAGGUCCGAUCCACACUACAGAAGAUGAAACAGCAGGGCGUGGAGGUCGGUAUGAUAGGGCUCAACACCUGCAUUUGGGCAUUCGCAAAUAACGGCCGCAUGGACAUCGCUUGCAUGAUUUAUCGCGUACUCCGUUAUAAUGUUGUGCGAGAGACCGGCUCCAUGGCGGACGACGUUGCCGCAGCUGCUCGCCAUCUGAGGGACGCGGAACACCUCGACAUCCCACCUGGCUUCUCACCAAACCGGGCCGUUUAUACGUCUAUGAUCCAGUGCUCCGCGUACCGAGGAAAUAUGGUCCAAGCAUUGCAUGUCUUCGCGGAUAUGCUAUCGAUGCCGUCACGUCAUCUACCAUCCAUGGCAGCCUUUCGUGCAAUCUUCCUUGGGUUUUACCGACAUGGACGCAGACUCGGACCAACGAAGUUCACGGACGGUCUGACUACACAAGAGCAGCGACAUCUGCCGGAGCUAUCAGCCUGGAAUCUCGAUAAUCUUACGCUAGUUUUCAAGGCAUUCAUGGAUCUCCCGAAAGGCAUCAAAGCAAAUGGGCGACUUCUGUAUUGGAUCAUUGUCGCUUUUGGGAGGUUGAGUGGGAAUGACCCAGUGGUAUUGCGUAAUGUAUGGGAGCAGCUGGAGGGCAAGUACGGUCGAGGCUGGGAUGGCCGGCUGGAACGUAUAGGAAGGGCAAUUUAUUCCUCCCAGGCGAUAGACAGGAAAGACCGAGCGUGAUGCAGUUACAGUAAAGUGGCAUUCUUUCUAGAGAGUACAGCACAUACACCUUUCCCGUUAAUCAAUACAAUUGUGAAGAGAUAGUCCAAAAUGACUGGAUGGGGGACAUUAUUGGCGUUAGAUCGUUUCAUCUCCGUUGUUUCUUCGCCACUGAACAAAGUCAUCCCAGUCCACUGUGCAUUUCGCACUCUGAUAUCUGCGAAGUCUGACACUCCGUCGCGUGUCUUCUGAGAUUGGUCCUGCCCAGCCAGCUUUACGCAUUGCACUUUCAACAGCUUCUAUCUUGUCCCAACCCUGGGCGGGUAUCACGUCCGGCA